CUCCAUCACUAGGACUGAUGCUCAGUGGCCAUGUCUCCUUCCCUGAGCCUGUAUAUGAUUGGAGUAAUUGGGGAAACUUCACCAUAUUUGAAUCUAGUGCUUUUAGAAGUUAUAUCAAUGAUGAGCUCAUGCGAAUACAGUGGCAUGCAAAAGUUUGGGCAUCCCUGGUCAAAAUUUCUGUAACUGGAUAGCUAAGCAAGUAAAAGAUGACCAGAUUUCUAAAUGGCAUAAAGUUAAAAAUUACACUAAUAUUUUAAGCAAUAUUUCUUUAUUUCCAUCUUUUACUGUUUCAAAAUAACAAAAAAGGAAAGGGACCUGAAGCAAAAGUUUGGGUACCCUGCAUGGUCAAUCGAUGGUAACCACUCCUUUGGCAAAUAUCACAGUUUGUAAAUGCUUUUUGUAGCCAGCGAAGAGUCUUGAUUCUUGUUUGGGGGAUUUUCAGCCAUUCUGACUUGCAAAAGGCUUCUAGUUCUUUGAGAUUCUUGGGUCGUCUUGCAUGCACUGCUCUUUUGAGGUCUAUCCACAGAUUUUCGAUGUUUAGGUCAGGGGACUAUGAGGACCAUGCCAACACCUUCAGCUUGCACCUCUUAAGGUAGUCCAUUGUGGAUUUUGAGGUGUGUUUAGGAUCAUCAUCCUGUUGUACAAACCAUCCUUUUUUACCUUAAGCUUUUUUACAGACCGUGUGAUGUUUGCUUCCAGAAUUUGGGUAUUUUCAGGUAUCUAAUUGAAUCCAUUCUUCUAACAGUGAAAUGUUCCCCGUGCCAUUGGCUGCAUGAUCGAUCCACUCCGUGCUUAACUGUUGGAAAGGUGUUCUUUUCAUGAAAUUCUGUGCCCUUUUUUCUCUAAACAUACCUUUUGCUCACUGGCCAAAAAGAUCUAUUUAAUUUCAACAAUCUACAGGACUUGUUUUCAAAAUGCAUGCUUGUUUAGAUGUUCAUUUGCAAACUUCUGACACAGAAUUUUGUGAUGAGGAUACAGGAAAGGUUUUAUUCUGAAGACUCCUCCAUAAAGGUCAUAUUUGUGCAGGUGUCACUGCACAGUAGAAUACUGCACCACCACUCCAGAGUCUUCUACAGUCAAAGGGGGGUUUGAUUUGCCCUCUAGUAAUCCUAUGAGCAGUUCUCUCUGAAAGUUUUCUUGGUCUUCCAGAACUCAACUUGACCUCUAUGAUUCCUUUUAACUGCCAUUUCUUAACUACGUUACGAACUGAGGAAACGGCUAACUGGAAAACACUUUGCUGUCUUCCUAUAGCCUUCUCCUGUGAACAUCAAUUAUUUAAAUUCUCAGAGUGCUCAGCAGAUGCUUAGAGGAGCCCAUAGCUGCUGGUUGUUGGGAAAAGGUUUGAGGAGUCAUAGAGUGUUUAUAAAGCUUUGAAAUUUGCAUCCCUUAGCCUUUCUUAAUGAUGAUUGUGAACAAGCCAUAGCUCUUACAGGAUAAUUAAGGUGUGAGACCUUGGUAAAAGUUAUUUGAGAGCUCAAAUCUCUUGGGGUGCCCAAACAUUUACAUGGUGCUCCUUUCCUUUUUAUUUAUUUAUUUAUUUAUUUAUUAUUAUAAAAUUGUACAAAACAAAUACACUAAUCUUGCUUCAAAUGUGGAAAAGAAUGUUUCAUCUUUAACUUUAUGCCUUUUGGAAAUCACUUCAUCUUCUACUCACUAUUCACAGCAACAGAAAUUUUGACCAGGGCCGCCCAAACUUUUGCAUGCCACUGUAAUCCAAAAAAUUAAAUGUGGGCUGCACCGUCAUUUUCACCCAAAAUAACCUUCAUGAUGGUAAACUGAUAUUAUUUUGUUGACCAUCAAGGCUAUUUCCAAAAGUAUAAUCAUGUCUCCCAGUUUGCUUUAUCUAUAAACCAUCUUUACAGCUGUUUACUAGAAGUUUACUGGCUACUUGUGGAGUACGUGACCACAAGCUAUGAGCUGGCAGGAGUGUGUGUGUGUGUGUGUGUGUGUGUGUGCGUGUGUGUGUGAAAGAAUCUCAGAGAAAACAAGCUGAAGUUUCAGUUCCCAUCAAUCAGUAGGAUCAAAAAGCCACUCAGCUUCCAAUUAAGUCACUCGAGCUGUGAGGUGAUGGCACCAAAAAUAGGGUGGGCGAGGAUAUAAAGAGCUGUAACCAACAGCCGAGACACCACAGAGCGAGAGGUCUCGAAUCAGACGACAAGACAAUCCAAAGCCUAGUCCAAGAGGGAUAUUGAGGACAACCUACAUAACAAACUUUCCUCAAGAACAUAAUGAAGUACUACCAGUGCCCAGUGACCCAGAGCGUGAAUUAUGAAGGCUGCAACACCAAACCCGGGAGUCCAGGGGCCUGCUUUCCUACCCGCAAGUCCGUAAAACCAGUCCGGAACGUCCACUUCCCCAAUGACGUGGUCUUCCAGGAUUACAUUCGUCAAGGAGAGUUGGAGAGGAUCGGACGCUUUAUUCGGACCAGGAGGGUGACCCUGGACACUAUGUAUCCAUCUGGCAUGGCAGCCAUCCACGAGGCCGUGCUCUCGGGGAACCUGGAGUGUGUGAAGCUGCUGGUGAAAUACGGCGCCGACAUCAUGCAGAGAGAUGAGGACAGCUGGACGCCGCUCCACAUGGCCUGCAGCGACGGAUUCCCACACAUUGCCAAGUUCCUGCUCUCUCUUGGUGCCGACCCCGAGGCCGAGAACGAGUGCGGAGAAAAACCUGCUGACCUAAUCGACCCAGACUGCAAAGAGCUGGUUGAGAUGUUCGGUGUCGGAGGAGACUGAACCUGCAGCACGUCUGGUGCAUCGAAUCAGCUCGAUCUUCUCCUCUGCCUGAUGGUGAUGGAGUAAGAGCCAGAGUAGAGCCGCUGCUACGUGUAGCCCUUCUCGUGAAUAAGACCUUAUGCAGUGCAGGUCUCACACUCAGUGCAGGUCUGAGUGUGUAGAAGAACAGCAGAGGAACUUAAGCGGCACAGAGACGUGGAACCUCGAAAGGGGCAGUGACUGCAGAGAGAUGCAUUUAUAACCACUGGAGGUUUUAAUAUUAGUGUUUUAUCCUGUAGUCUGUAGACAUAAAUUACAGCUCUGUGCAAAAGUUUGCACCCCCCUCAGGCCUUACAGGGGGCCAAUGUGAUAAAAAUGGGUUCUAUUUGAAGCAGUUUUGCUUUAUGUUUGGGUUAGUUGUCUUGCUGUGUGAUUUGAUACUCUUUUGUAAUCUGUAUUAUUAUUGUUGUUGUUGUUGUUAACUGCACAAUCCUUAUUUUUAUUCCUACUUUGCACGAGCAGAAUGCUGUUUUAUAUUUUUAUACCUCAUUUUUUAAUUAAAAUAUUUUAUAAAAUAAAAUAUUUUUUUUACUAUUAAACUAAAUCAUUCUACUUGAUUCUUUUCUUUUAAUUUUUAAAUAAACAACGAGAUCCAGAGCACAUAAAAACAUAGCAUAAGCAAGAUAGUGUAAUGGAUACAGUCUU